CGGUCUGGAGCUCAUGAAGACCUCCGUUCUGCUCUCUGGACAGAACCUUUGAUCCCAGACUGUACCUGCAGCUCCACGCCCCUCUCGGAGAAAAUCAGAGCGAUGUUCCGCCGCCACGCCCUCACUGGGUUCCUGACUGGGUUCCUGAUGGUCUGCCCCCUGGUGGUGAGGAGCCAGAACGAUACCGAGCCCAUAGUCCUGGAGGGGAAGUGUUUGGUGGUGUGUGACUCCACCCCGUCCAUGGAGCCCUCUGGGAACGCUCUGGGGAUGUCGGUGCGCUCCGGGACGGGACGUGUCGCGUUCUCGGCCACCCGGAGCACCAACCACGAACCGUCGGAGAUGAGCAACCGAACCAUGACCAUCUACUUCGACCAGAUCCUGGUAAACGUAGGCAGCCAUUUUGACCCGGCGCAGAGCAUCUUCGUGGCCCCGAGGAAAGGCGUCUACAGCUUCAACUUCCACGUGGUCAAGGUCUACAACCGUCAGACCAUCCAGGUGAGUUUGGCGCUGAACGGUUGGCCGGUGAUCUCGGCCUUCGCCGGGGACCAGGACGUGACGCGGGAGGCGGCGACCAACGCGGGACUGGUUACCAUGGAGAGAGGAGACAAGGCCUACCUGAAACUGGAGAAAGGGAACCUGAUGGGGGGCUGGAAGUACUCCACCUUCUCCGGGUUCCUGGUGUUCCCUUUAUAGACGCCGCAGGAACCAUCGGUACCGAAGGAGAGGCGCUUCAGAUGGUUCCAGAACUUUCCUAUUGUUUAUGGGUCACGGGUCCUCGUCAAAAAUCCAUUAAAUUCAUUCAUCACGUCUUUAGUUUCAUUUUACUCUUUCUAUACAUCAUUGUACACCCUUCAUCCUGGUCAGGGUCACUGUGCAUCCGGUGCCACCCAGAAACUCUGAACGGGAAUUCAGCUCAUCCUGGACAUGCAUGACAGAUCAUCACAUUCAUUCAAUCAUCUAACACAUGUAAACAAAAAGCUGAUUCUGAGCAGCCAAUCCACCUCCUGCAUGUUUUUUGAAGGAAGGCGGGAACCGGAGCACUUGCAGUAAAGACAGACAGACGUAGGAGAACAUGCCAAACUUUGCGUUGCUUAGGUGGUAUGCAGGAAUAUUAACUAUAAUGUUAUUCUUUAUGACCCUCUCAGAUUUGAGUUUUACAGAAUCAUAAAUAUAUAGACAGCAGCUCAGACGGAUAUUUUAGUGUUAUUUAAGUUUAUAAAGAGAAACACACAGGAGAGUUUAUUAUAGAAAACAGGAUUAUUAUAAGUGUAUGUAAACUUUUGACCCUGACUGUAUGAACUUUAAAUGGAAUGUUUAUUUAAAUCUAUAAAUAUUAUAUAAAUAAAUAAAUAAUG